AGAUUUUGUUUAGUGGAUUUGUUGAGCUGUUCGUUCGCGGACGUAGAGUUGUAAAUAAAUUAUGAGUUUUCGAACUGAGAAGUGGCGUUCGUGAGUUAAAAAGUUUUAAAAGUGGUUAGAUAAGAAUUAUAUUUUAUCACUGUGAAUAUGAGGUGCAAUGAAAAUAAUUUUUUAUUACGAGAAUGAAGUUUUCGAAGUUGUGUAAAGUGUUCAGUGCGACGUUGUGUUUUUACUCACCUUGCCUACGGCUACCUGUUUGAAGGAUUUAUAAUUCCAGCCGGGCAGGAUGAAUCCCGAGAUGGCGAUGGUGGUGAAGCGGACCGAGGAGCGGGAAGCACUCCGGAGUGUUAUCGCCCAGUGGAACGCCAACCGCCUGGAUCUCUUUGAACUGUCUGAGCCCAACGACGAUUUGGAGUUCCAUGGAGUCAUGCGGUUUUACUUCCAGGACUCAGGGCAGAAAGUGGCUACCAAGUGCAUCCGGGUGGCUAGCGAUGCCACGGCACAGGUAGUCAUAGAGACUCUCAUAGAGAAGUUCCGGCCAGACAUGCGCAUGCUCUCUGUCCCGGAGUAUGCUCUUUACGAGAUACAUGAGAAUGGAGAUGAAAGAAGGCUGGAGCAGGAGGAGAAGCCACUGUUGGUGCAGCUCAAUUGGCACAAGGACGACAGAGAGGGCAGGUUCCUCCUCCGCAGGAUAGAUGACAAGACUAAUAGAAUGAUGCCGGAAGGGACUUUUCAAGAAGGAGGUUCGAGUUUCAAGAGAAAACUGUCAAAAAGAGAAAAGAAACAACUGAAGAAGCAAGAGAAACUGAACAGAAUGAAGAGUACAAGUGGAGUUCCCACUGAAGAAAAUGACUCUGGGGUUGCGGAAAAACUCUACACAGCGUUGCCUGAGACUAGUUUCACAAGAUCGAUAUCAAACCCUGAGGCGGUAAUGCGGAGGCGGCGACAUCAGCAGCUAGAAAGGAAGCUGCAGCAGUUUCGCAGCAAGGAUGGUGGCCCGGACACAGGUGGUACACUCAAGAUCUACGGGGAGUCGUUGUGUCGGGAUGUGCCAUACAAGACUUUGCUGCUCUCGGUGGGGGACACAGCCACACAAGUAGUACGCGAGAUGUUGGUCAAGUACGGGCUAGAUCGCGAGGAUGCCCACAACUACUGCCUUGUCCAGGUGAACACAGCUGUGGACCCGAAUGCUGAGAACAAGGAAGUGGGCCCUGGGAACAAUAACACCAUCAACAAUCGAGAGUACAUCCUUGAUGACGAUGAGUGUCCGCUGGCCAUUCUCAUGAAUCACUCCCAGUCUAGAGGUUCUAUUAUGUUUCACGUGCGACGUAGACCGGCUGACUAUCAUCCGCGCAAGAGAAAGAAAAAGCCGCAGCAGAAAUGGAACCAUCAGAGCAGCACAGAAAUGCACGAAUACCGCUACGAGGAUGGCUUUGAUAGGUUGCCUUUCUUCUUGGAACUGAACCCAGAUGGAAGUGAUAUCGCAGGAGGGACUGCCAAGAGACAUCGGCUGCAUCCCAACGUGACGGAGGUGGGCAGUGAGCGAGCAUCACCGCACUCACAGAGCCAAUCCCUCCAGCUGUUCGGGCCUAACGUGCAGCCGAGACACUGUGUCAUCGCUCACACCGAGGGUAUCGUCACCGUCACGCCUUGUAGCCGUGAUGCUGAGACCUAUGUCAACGGCCAGCGGAUAUACGAGACCACAAUACUGCAGAAUGGAUCUAUAGUAAAAUUUGGCAGGAUACAUAAUUUUCGAUUUUGCGAUCCAUGUCAUGACGAGAGAAUACGACAGAGACAUGAUUCUGCAAGAACAGCUCAUGAUUAUUCGUAUGACAGACAAUCCACUGGCAGUCAACCCCCUGUCACUCCCACCCCUACUCAGAACUACGAGACCACAUUCGACGUGGACGGCAACAUCGAGACACGCUCCACCUCUAGUCUUGGCAACAAAGAGGAGACCCGCUCACAACGCUCGGUUGGCAGCAGCAGUAGGGACGGCAACAGGUUGUCCAACUACGAACGUUACCCACGUGGCAAUGACCCAAUUUUGCCGGCUGUGUUGGAACUUAGAGAAGAGAAGGAGGAGGCGUUGUUACAUGCAUUAAUAACUGAUUUGGAACCAAGUGUUUUGGCAUUCAAAUUGGCACCAGCGUAUACUCUGUAUCUAGCCGCCAGGUACCGGGCCAGCACGCACUACCGACCGGAGUUGACGCCGACUGAGCGGGCAUACAGGCUCACUCUCAUGUUGGCAAAAGUGGCGGCCAUGAUCCACAAUGUCAUACAGGAGAGGUAUUGUGAAGUAAAAUCACUAGCUUUGUGGUUGGCCAAUGCGUCAGAACUGCUGCAUUUCCUGAAGUCUGACAGACAUGUGUCAGCAUUCUCCUUGGAUGCUCAGGAUACUCUGGCUGAUGCUGUACAGAUAGCCUUCAGGCAUCUCGUGGCUUGUCUGCAGGGAGAGUUAGCAGCUGUUAUGCCUAACUUCCUGUCGGAGAGGGAGGACCUCAGUCAUGAUCCAGAAGAUUCAUCUACAGCAUCUGUGUUGGGUGUGUUGGCGUCGGCCAUGGCUCUACUGCGGCGCUGCAGAGUCAAUGCAGCUCUCACCAUCCAGUUGUUCUCUCAGCUGUUUCACUUUGUCAACGUGUGGUCCUUCAACCGCAUAGUAGCACCUAACAGCCAGUACUGCAGCAGGGCGUGGGGUCUGCGACUCAAGGCUAGGCUUGCACAGGUUGAAGUGUGGGCAGAACGACAAGGCUUGGAAUUGGCAGCAGACUGUCACUUAGCUCGGAUUAUGCAAGCGGCGCACCUACUUCAGGCGCCAAAGUACUCAGCAGAAGACCUGGCUACACUGUCGUCAACAUGUUUCAAGCUCAACUCUCUCCAACUGCGAGCUCUGCUACAGAAGUAUCAACCGACCCCUGACGAGCCCAGGCUACCACACGAGCUCAUCGACAAUGUGGUCAGAGCCGCAGAAAACUUGGCUGAUGAGCUGGCUCGUUCGGAUGGGCGGGAAGUGAAGCUGGAGGAAGAGCCUGAACUAGCUCUACCGUUUCUCUUGCCUGAGGAUGGCUACAGCUGCGAGGUGGUGCGGGGUAUUCCCCCUGGGCUGGUAGAGUUUGUGGGACCCCUGCAGCAUGCGGGUCUAUGUCGACUCAGUGCUCAGCCCACCUCCAACGGCCUCUGGACCGUCUACAUGGGUCCAGCAAAUCCCAUGGUUCGUAGUCCAAGUGCGAUGAGCAACCGGUCAGGGGGCUUUGUGCCGACCCAGCAGCAGCCUGAAGUGCAAAUCAUCAAACUGCACAAAUCCAACAACGGUAUGGGACUCAGCAUUGUGGCGGCUAAGGGUGCCGGACAAGACAGACUAGGCAUUUACAUCAAGUCAGUUGUGAAAGGAGGAGCUGCAGAUGCUGACGGGAGACUGCAGGCUGGUGACCAGUUGCUCAAGGUGGAUGGUCAGAGUUUGGUCGGCAUCACCCAAGAAAAGGCUGCUGAGUACCUAGUGAGGACAGGACCUGUAGUAACACUGGAGGUAGCCAAGCAAGGAGCCAUCUACCACGGACUGGCCACUCUGUUGUCUCAGCCCUCCCCUGUAAUGGCUAGAGGUCCAAGGCGUAUGAGCGAAAGGGAUCUGCCAUCUCGAGUAUUGAGCGAACAGCAGAACCUAGUACCUCGAGGCCAACUGCCCCCUCAUGCACCUCAGAUUCACAGUUCCAAAUCAGUCCCCUCCCUACACAGUGGUAACCAUGAGUUACACGGCGGUGGAGGAGUAGUUGUGGGGGGAGGGGUGGUCGGCCGUAGCCACGAGGUGUUCAACCCCGGCUACAGCCGCACCUCCUCCACCAACAGUAUCCCCCAGCGAACCUUUGAUGGCCAGCCUCCCCCCAACACACUUCGGUCCAGAUCGAGUCAGAACUUGACAGACCACAGAGGGUCCAACCUACCCCCCAAUGGUGGCGGAAACUUAGGAGGCAGACAAGCCUCAAACCCUAGUUUAGCUCAGACACAACCCCCACAUCCUCACACUGCCUACCAGCAACACCAUCAACAGCACCAGCAGCAGAACAGUCCGUCGGGAGAAAAUGGAGAGCGGUUCUACCAGAAUCUGAGCAUCUACAGGAACCAGGAGAUACAGAAUGGGUUUAUCCCUCAGGGUUCUGGACGGGGGAAAUUGCCCAGCCCUCAGGAUGACAGAAGCCCGGCUCAGCUACAGAAGAGUUUCCGAGGGUCACAGUCGUCCCUGAGCACCGGCCGACCUCCCGACCAGAGCCUCUCACGGCCAGCCUCAGCCUACCUGCCCCAGCAGGCCACUGGCCACCAUCCCCCACACUUACAGCAGAACAUGGCCCCGCGGUCUCAGUCUUCCAGAGACAUGCUGCGGCAGGAGGCUAAGCUGCAGGAGAUGUCCGAGGAGGUGAGGCGGAGAGAACUGAGGCUCACCUCUCCUCAGUCCAGGCUUCAGAUGCCUCAAGGACCGAUACAAGGGCCACGACCUGGCUAUCCAGUGGAGCCAUACAGUAAUGGUCCGGGUUACCCUCAUAGUCCACGGUCAUUGAAGCAGCAGGAGUCUCCUGGGGGCUACCGGGAGUCACCCCCACCACCUCCACCCCCCACCUCUACACACCCUCUGUACCAGCCAGCCCCACCACCCCCCAUGUACCAGCCAGCCCGCUACGCUGCCAGCAUGGGAGAGCCCCCUCGUGGUGGCUACUACCCUGCCAACAACACUCAGCCUCCCCGCCCUUAUCAGUUCCAGGGAACUAACCCAUGGGAGCGUGAGGAACGUGAAAAGGAAAUGUUGAUGCGCAAGGAGGCAGCACGGCAAUGGCGGGACCAGCAGAUAGCGGAGCUGACAGCAUUGGGGGCUAACAGAAAUCAGCAACAGGAGGAGCAGUUGCGGGCGUUACGGCUGGAGAAAGAGUUUGAGCGGAGAGCAGAGGAGGAGGCGGAGGAGGAAGAGGAGGAGGAUACGGAAAGUAACGAGCGAGUGCAGGGACUGCUUCGUGUGGCCAGACAACAGGACGAGAAGCGACACGCUGCCCAGACCACUCCCAGUCCUGCCCCUGCUCCGGCCCCUGCCCCUACUAGGCCUCCACAGCAGCAGGUCAACGGUAUAAUAGGCCGCACCACCAUGCCUCCCUCCAACAAUUAUCCAGCCAACCCCGUGAUAGAGGAGAAGGAAAGACUUAGACGACUGAAAGAGAUGAAAAUGAAACAGGCUGAGAUGGAGGCAGAGGCUAGACUAAAGAGGAGAGAUGAAGAAUUAAGACAGCAGCAGAUAAACAAUUCUGCCAACCUACAGCAGCAAGUUACACCGCUCAGCAGUCACCCCCGCCCCAGCCCUGCCCGCUCCAACAACACCCCACCAUCUCAUCUGAGACUGGACAACCUGAUCGUGAACCAGCCCGCCGCUCCUGGCCAAUAUAACGGGUACAGCCCUGGCCAGAGCAGCCCGGCAGGGGCUCCUCCACAACCCCCUGAGCGUGGCUCCAGCUUCGCAGUGAUGUCACAGACCCAAGGUCGCAGUCCCAACACUCCCAACAACAACUCUGUGGGGGCCAAACGUGUCUCUUUCCAGGACGCAUCUCCUCCAUCGCCACCUACCAACGCAGCUCCACCGCUCGACAAUAUACGUGAGGAUCCUAAUAACUUUAUAAAUGAUGCAGAAACCAUGCUUGCGUCACCAACGAGUCCUGACACACCUUUCACAGGCAACACCCCAGGAGUGAUCGGAGCUCAGGAAGUGUACAAGGAUCCUCGUACAAGAAGACUUCAGGAACAGCAAAACCAAAAGAUGAUGACAGCGAAGGUUCCAGAAAAGUUGAGUUUUAAAGAGAAGAUGAAGAUGUUUGCAAUGGAGACAGGUGAAGAUGGAACUCCCAGGGAUAAGGUGAAGAUCUCAAGAGCUCAACGAGACAUUGACAAUAUCGGUUCUCCCACCACACCAAACAACAACACGUCGGUCAGCAACAACAACUAGGGUAUUCAUCAGGAUACCUUAGAGAAUUAAUAUCUGAGAUAAAUAUUACCGAAUCCAUUGCUCCCAACAACAUUUCAAUCAUCAACAGCAAUUAGGCUGUGUGUUUGGGGUAUUUCCAUCUCAAUAUUUGCUAGAAUUUGAUUGAAUGAAGCAGAUUGAUCAGGAAAAGAAACAAGGAUUUGAGCGAGUAUUUUAUGUCUAUGGACAUCUGUGUUUCAGUCGGUCUAGCCCACCACUGCCGACAACACUUUGGUCAUCAACAGCAAUUUGACCAAGAUGACCGAAUCAUUGCUUCUAACAACUCUUUGUCAACAGCAACAACUAGGAUCUUCAUCUGGACACUUUUCAGUCUGAAUAUUUGCAUUAAAUAUUUGUUUAUCAGCAGCAACAAGGAUCUUAACAAUAUUAGUGUCUAGAUAAUUAAUUGUGAGCUGAACUAUGCAGUGUAGACAAGAACUAUCUAGAAAAACUGUUCUUUGAUGUAUGUGGACUAACUCGUACAGGUGAACUGCUGUACACGAUUUUAUUGGAACAAAUUCCUAUCUCUUGACCGUCCUUAGCAAAUUGUACUUUAGAAAUAAUGAAAAAUUAGUUGUAGUGUGAUAUAAUAAAUAUAAAUAUAUUAAAUUUUCACAAAAUUAUAUAUUUUAAAAUUAUUGUACAUUCCAUCGAAAUGUAACUAAGUUAAAGUAAUUACAAACUGUACAUUAAUUUUCUGUUUUUCUUUUGUUAUAGUGUUAUAAAUAAAUUAGUAAUAAUUAGAUUAUUUAUUUUUUCACAUUUUUUUACAGAGUAAGAAUAUUUUUAAAUAUUUUGUUAUAUUUAUAUGGUGCUCUUGCACUUGCAUUACACACAGCAUUUUGAAGAGUAUACAUUGUUUAUUUGUUUUAUAAAAUCUCUGUGCUUGUAUCCUAUUUUUGGAUUAAUCUUUUGACACAUAUUUCAUGUAUUAUUAUUAUAUUUGUAGAUUCAAAUUACAAACUUAUUCAAAAGUAAUUAUAUCUAUACAGUACUGUAACCAGGACCAAUUUCCUUGACCAAAUACGUGUAUUUUAUGGUAUUGACUGUCCUGAUUGUGUUGCCUUUAUACAAAGUGCUCUCUAUGUUCCUACCCUUUACGCACUUUCAGUGAAAAUCUUACUGCAAUAAUCUUAAUAUAAGUAUAUCAUUCAUUCAUUUAUUAGGAAGACAGUAUGUGUGAUUACAAGAUUGGCCCAAACCUAUACUUAUCUCAUCAUUAUUGAAACUACAUUAUGUGUGUUAUAAAUAGUAGAUACUAUUUAUCUAUUUCACAAAAAUCUUUAAAAGUAAAUACAUUUAUUCUUAUGAGAAUAGAGUUUGGCCAAUUUCGUACCUAUUGUAUAACAGAUUAUAAUGUAUUUUUGUAUAAUCAUUCUAGUGGCCUUGACCCGUGUGGAUUUCUUAAAGCAAUAAUGUUUGCAAGGCUGACUUGAGAUUGAACAAAUGCCACCACUACAUAUAUCUCUAAUCUGUGUGUGUGUGUUUUGUGUUAUUCUAUUCAGCAAGUUAGACUUACCUGCGCUAAAAAUGUGAUAGAAAUGAUCUUUGUAUCUUAAGGUAUUUUGCAAGGUUAACUAACCAUUAAUGAACAAAUAUUUUUAUAGAUUGUUACAAUAAUUAUAUUAUUGAGCUGGCUUAGUAAGAUGUUGUAGUUUUGUAAAAUAUAUUGCUUUUUUAGGUGUAUGAGAAAAUAUUUUAAUCGUGAAUUUUGUUUAUAAAUUGUUGUUUAUAUUUUAUUUGGUUGAGAUUAAUAAACAGUAAAUAUAUUUUCUUGUUAAGUUAUAAUGAUUUUAUUGUUGUGUGUAAAGUGUAAAUUGUUUCAUAGAAUUGAGAAGUCAAUUAAAAGAAAUUGGUGUACAUAAGUUAUUCUUUUGCAUGUAUUUAUGUAAGUAACGUGCAGAUUGUUAUAUCAUAAGAUCACAAUGUGUGUAAAAUAAACAUGAUUACUUUAAAAA